CCGCGUCCCCUCAUUCACUCUCACUCAGAACCCUAACUCUCCCUGUCUCUCCCGCUAGCUGUUCUCUCACUUGCUGAUCGCCUCGCCGGCGAGGAAAGCGUGAAUCGCCGGCGACUGCGGCCCUGACUCGGUUCGACUCACCGUAGUCCGUGACUUUCCAGGUUCGAGGAGUCUUUUUUUCUUCCCCUGCGUUUGCGUUUCUUUGUUAUCGGAGUCCCGUAUUGGAAUUGUAUCGUUGCGGGACCUUUCCGCCGCCCGAGCUCUUCUCGCCGUCGUUGGAGCCGUCCGCGUGUCGCCUACUCUGGGGUGAUCUCUCUAAAAUGUGCAGGUGAAGACUUCAUUGAGUUAAGGAAUCGUACAAGAAAAGCAGUGAUGGUGGAAGUGUGGUGGCCUUUGCUUGGAGCGGUGAUACCUGCCAUUGUCAGUGGGCAAGCUUGGAGGAUAAGGAAAAGGCGAGCCGAGGAACAGAGGUUGAAGAGCGUUAGAGGGCGAGAGAAGAGCUCCGAAGAGAUAUUUGUCUGUGAGAGGGUCUGCACUUCAAAGAGGAUGCUGAAGAAGGUCGGCUCAUUUUCCAAAGACCCAACUCCCGAUACUUGUGUCACUGUUUGUGGUGUAUCCCAGCUCGAUGCUUGUGCGGAUGCAUGUGCAAGAACCGUCUGUGUUAAUCAACACCAAGUGCCCAAUUGGAACGAUAUUUGUCUUAGGAGGUGCCAGAGCGAGUGCCUGAGGCUCUCUAAUUCCUCUGAUGCAUCGUAGUAGUCAUGUACUGUACCCUCUUCAUUACUUGUGCAAAUGUCUUAUCGAUCCUUUUCUUAUAUAGAUCAAUUGUCACGAAUCAUGAUUUCUUCCAUGGCAGCUGAGUUGUCUACAAGUAUCCACCACUACUCUCAUGGUGUUGGCAUUUUCUC